AUGCACGCGUCGAUGCGGAAACGGCAGAGCUAUGCUAUGCAGUCGUCAACUUUUCUCUCUAGGCAUGGGUCCAGAGACAUGGACUCAUCUCUGCUGAAGCCCAAGUUCCACCUGGACCUGUGGGUCAGUUUCACCAUCCAGAACUGGCUGCUGGACUUCGGGAGGCCCAUUGUCAUGAUCAUCCUCCCUCUAGAGUGGUUCCCCCUGAACAGACCCAGUGCUGGGGACUACUUCCACAUGGCUUACAACAUCAUCACACCCUUCCUGCUUCUCAAGCUGAUCGAGCGUAGCCCCAAGACCCUGCCCCACGCCGCCGUGUACCUGUGCAUCAUCACCUUUGUGAUGGGCGCCAGCAUUCACCUGGUGGGUGACUCCAUUAACCAUCGCCUCCUGUUGAGUGGUUACCAGCUCCACUUGUCUGUCAGAGAGAACCCCAUCAUCAAGAACCUCCAGCCUGCCUCUCUGAUAGAUUCCUUUGAGCUACUUUACUAUUAUGAUGAAAAGCUUGGCCAUUCUAUGUGGUAUGUUCCCUUCUUCCUCAUCCACUUCCUCUACUUCACUGGUUGCUUCACACACAUCAAGGAGGAGAAGAGGAUGCCGCUCGCUGCUUGGUUUCUUCUCGCUCCCAGCGCCGUCUACUAUUGGUACCUGAUCACAGAGGGCCAGAUCUUCAUCCUCUUCAUCUUCACCUUCUUUGCCAUGACGGCCACAGUGAUGCACCAGAAACGUAAAGGCUUUGUCCCUGAUAGCAAUGGGCUCUUCCUGCUCUACAGUUUCUCCAUCGCCCUGGGUCUGGUCAGCAUCUGGGUGGCUUGUCUCUGGAGCGACCAGGUCCUCCGCAAGAAAUACCGCGGGGUCAUCUACAUACCGGAGCCUUGGGCCUUCUACACUCUGCACAUCAGAGACAAGGGGGCAUCAGCUUGA